UUUCCUUUCUUUUCAACUCUUCUCCUUCAACUUCAACCUCUAGAAAGUCAAAACAAAACAAAAACAGGCAGCAGCCUUCCAAAAUCCAAUCUCUCUAAUCUUACAUUCAUUUCCGCCAUUGUUAAACACAAACUUUCUCUCUCCUCCUUCAACAAUGGCGGCGAAUUUACUCAAACUCUCACUUUCUUUCUCCUCGAACUUCCCUUCCACAACCACUUCUCACCGCCAGCAGUACAUUCGCCGAUCUCACUCUCCGAUUUUCUCUCCUCUCCCUCGAAAUCCUCGACUUCUACUUCGCCGAAACCCUAACUCAAUCGCAGCGAAAGCUCUCGAGAUCAAAUCACCGACAUUGACCUCUGAUUUGUCGACGGAAAAUCAUAUUCCGGCGGAAUCGUCGUUUCUUCUUGAUGUCGGAGGUAUGAUGUGCGGAGCGUGCGCGAUACGCGUGAAGAAACUUCUCACCGCCGACGAUCGCGUGGAGUCUGCGGUGGUGAAUAUGUUGACGGAAACUGCUGCUGUGCGGUUGAAAUCGGAGGUUUCGGGAGGUGGUUUUGUGGCGGAGGAAUUGGCGAAGAGGUUGAAUGAGUGUGGAUUUGAGGCGAAGAAGAGAGUGGCUGGGAGUGGAGUAGGAGAGAGAGUGAAGAAGUGGAAGGAAAUGGCGGCGAAGAAGGAGGAGUUAGUUGAGAAGAGUAAAAAUCGGGUGAUUUUUGCUUGGACUUUAGUUGCUCUUUGUUGUGGUUCUCAUGCUUCUCAUAUCAUGCAUUCCGUUGGAAUUCAUGUUGCUCAUGGAGGUUUCUGGGAUGUGCUGCAUAAUUCGUAUGUGAAGGGUGGUUUAGCUUUGGGAGCUUUGCUGGGACCAGGAAGAGAUUUGCUGUAUGAUGGCCUCAGGGCAUUUUUCAAGGGUUCUCCAAAUAUGAAUUCUCUCGUAGGAUUUGGAUCUAUUGCUGCAUUCAUCUUAAGUGCUGUCUCACUUGUCAACCCUGAACUUGAGUGGAACGCUUCAUUCUUUGAUGAACCGGUCAUGCUUCUUGGGUUUGUGCUUCUUGGUCGUUCUCUGGAAGAAAGAGCAAGGAUCAAAGCCUCUAGCGACAUGAAUGAACUUUUAUCUCUAGUUUCUACACAAGCUCGACUUGUCAUUACUUCCUCAGAGAGUGAGUCUGCUUCCAAUGAAUUGCUUGCUUCUGAUGCUAUUUGCAUUGAAGUCCCUACUGAUGAUAUUCGAGUUGGUGAUACUGUGUUGGUUUUACCUGGAGAAACCAUACCUGUGGAUGGAAAGGUACUUGCUGGAAGAAGUGUGGUGGAUGAAUCCAUGCUUACUGGAGAAUCUCUUCCUGUAUUCAAGGAGGCAGGGCUAUUAGUGUCCGCUGGGACAAUAAACUGGGACGGUCCCAUAAGGAUAGAAGCUACCUCCACAGGCUCCAACUCCACAAUAUCAAAAAUCAUUCACAUGGUUGAAGAUGCCCAAAGUAAUGAGGCGCCAAUUCAAAGGCUUGCAGAUUCAAUUGCUGGCCCUUUUGUUUACAGUGUUAUGACCUUAUCACUUAUCACAUUUGCCUUUUGGUCGUCUAUUGGGACAAAAAUCUUCCCUGAUGUCUUGCUUAAUGAUAUUGCUGGUCCUGAUGGUAGUCCUUUGAUCUUGAGCUUGAAGCUGGCUGUGGAUGUCUUGGUGGUCUCCUGCCCCUGUGCUUUGGGCCUUGCCACGCCCACGGCAAUCCUAGUUGGCACUUCUAUUGGAGCAAGGCAAGGACUUCUUUUGCGAGGAGGUGAUGUGCUGGAACGCUUGGCUGGCAUAAAUUAUAUGGCCUUUGACAAGACAGGAACUCUUACAGAAGGAAAACCUACUGUGUCUGCCGUGGCUUCAUUGGCUUAUGAUAUUUCAGAAAUUCUCCAGCUUGCUGCUGCUGUAGAGAAAACAACAUCACAUCCUCUUGCAAAUGCUAUCUUGAGUAAAGCAGAGUCAUGUGGUUUGCAGAUUCCAGCGACAAGUAGACAAUUAACAGAGCCAGGUUUUGGAACCUUAGCUGAAGUAGAUGGACGUUUGGUUGCAGUAGGUUCUUUGGAAUGGGUUUGUCAACGUUUUGAAACGAAGAACCAAUCAGAUAUAGAACAUUUGGAGCGUGCCUUGAUGCUUGAGUCAGCCAAACCAACUUCAUCCUUGGAUAAAUCGGAAACGGUGGUUUAUGUUGGACGUGAAGAAGAGGGUGUCAUUGGUGCUAUUGCAAUCUCUGAUGCCUUAAGGCAUGAUGCUGAGGCUACUGUAGCAAGGCUCAAAAGAAUGGGAAUUAAACCCAUUCUCUUAUCAGGUGACAGGGAAGAAGCAGUUGCAAAAGUCGCGAAAAUCAUUGGAAUAAAUGAUGAACAUGUACAACCAUCCCUGAAUCCGCAGCGGAAAUCUCAUUUUAUAUCAGAUAUACAAGCUUCAGGACAUCGUGUUGCUAUGGUUGGUGAUGGGAUAAAUGAUGCACCUUCUUUGGCGCUUGCAGACGUCGGAAUUGCUUUGAAAACGGGGAUGCAAGAAAAUGCUGCAUCUGAUGCUGCUUCUAUUGUACUUCUUGGGAACCGGCUGUCACAGGUUGUCGAAGCUGUUGAUCUUGCUCGUGCGACUAUGAGCAAAGUACAUCAAAAUCUGUUGUGGGCUGUUGCAUAUAAUGUUAUUACAAUUCCAGUAGCUGCUGGUGUACUGCUUCCCCAUUUUGAUUUUGCUAUGACGCCUUCUCUAUCAGGUGGGCUCAUGGCUUUGAGUUCAAUAUUUGUCGUCUCCAAUUCUCUUCUACUGCAGCUGCAUGGUUCCAACAAAGAGAAGGAAGAGGUCACCUCAGGAACACUGAAACAAGCCUGAAAUUAUAGGGUCACUGUUCAGACAUGUUACCAACAUUGGAAAAGAGAUUAGAGUUCAAAGAUUCUUGUAAAUCUGUGUUAAUACUCACAGAUUUUAUUCUAAAAUGUAUCAUAUAUCUUUGGCCCUUAGAAAGAGCCUGUAUUCAAUGUAGAGAUCUGUGUAAAAUUGUACCAGAAAUCUUUUUAUCGCUAGAACACUUUCCUUCCCCUGAAAUUUGGUAAUUUUACUAUCUCAGUCACCGAUUUUACUCU